AAUCAACCAAAUUUCUUUAAACUCGCAUAUGCAUCGUUCUUUGGAGUUGGAAAUCACAGCUCCACCACGGCUUAGAUUCUCUUUGGUCAUUCCGAAGCAGCCGGGAAGCGCCACCGUUCAAAGUUAGGCUUUUGCGAUGCCAGGGGCAGCAACCAUGGAACCCGAGGUUCAAGUAGAACCUCAGUCAUUAAAGAAACUCAGUUUCAAAUCUCUAAAGCGAGCUCUCGAUCUCUUCGCUCUUCGUCACGACCAUUUACCCCCUGACCCGGAAAGCAAGAAGAUUCGAUUAAGUCACAAGCUAAAUCUUGAGUAUGGGGGUAUAGCAAACACAUCAGCUCAAUCCCAUUCAACUUCUUCGGUGGCUUCUCAUAGCCAAGCUCAAAAGGCCUCUGCUCCUUCAAAUGCCCUUGCUCUUCCAGGUCCAGAAAAUGCAAGAGUCUCACAGAAGGAGGGGUUAGAUGAUAGAUUAGCUGUCGGUCCAGCUUUGCAACCAAAGGGCACAACGGAGGGGCUCUCUAGCAGAAGUAGUAUUACUGUUGUUCCCUUAAACCCUUCUUCCGAAAGGAAUCUUACAACUGCUGCAAUAAUGGAAAGAAUUCCAAGUAAAUGGCCACGCCCUGUGUGGCAUGCUCCCUGGAAGAACUACAGGGUCAUCAGCGGGCACUUGGGUUGGGUGCGGUCUGUUGCGGUGGAUCCCAGCAAUACAUGGUUUUGUACAGGGUCAGCAGAUCGAACAAUCAAGAUCUGGGAUUUAGCAACUGGAACGCUAAAACUUACCCUUACUGGUCAUAUUGAACAAAUAAGAGGCCUUUCCGUUAGCAGCAAGCAUACCUACAUGUUUUCUGCUGGUGAUGAUAAACAAGUUAAAUGCUGGGAUCUAGAACAAAAUAAGGUGAUUCGGUCUUAUCAUGGUCAUUUAAGUGGUGUUUAUUGCUUAGCUCUACAUCCCACCCUCGAUGUCCUUCUUACGGGUGGUCGUGAUUCAGUGUGUCGGGUUUGGGACAUCCGGAGCAAGAUGCAAGUCCAUGCUUUGUCAGGGCAUGAAAACACAGUGUGCUCUGUUUUCACUCGGCCAUUGGAUCCUCAAGUCAUUACCGGUUCACAUGAUUCAACUAUAAAAUUCUGGGACCUCAGAAAUGGUAAGACCAUGUCAACACUCACACACCACAAGAAAUCUGUCCGAGCAAUGGCAUUGCAUCCAGUGGAGGAUGCUUUUGCAUCUGCCUCUGCUGACAACAUAAAAAAAUUCAACCUUCCAGAAGGAGAAUUUUUGCACAACAUGCUUUCCCAGCAGAAAACAAUUAUCAAUGCAAUGGCUGUCAAUGACGACGGUGUAAUGGCUACAGGAGGUGAUAAUGGGAGCAUGUGGUACUGGGAUUGGAGGAGUGGCCACAAUUUCCAGCAAGCACAAACAAUUGUUCAACCCGGUUCACUGGAAAGUGAAGCUGGCAUCUACGCAAUGACAUAUGAUGUCACUGGUUCAAGGCUGAUUACCUGUGAGGCUGAUAAGACCAUAAAAAUGUGGAAAGAGGAUGAAAAUGCUACCCCGGAAACUCAUCCUCUUCAUUUCAAGCCCCCUAGAGAUAUUCGUCGCUUCUGAAUGAUUGUGUUCUGGAUCGGGGUGCCACAAGUGACAUUCACAGAUUCCAAGAGAAUUAAUAUUUUGUAACCUGUUUUAGCUUUGCUGUUGUUUCACAAAAUAUAUACUGCAUGGAGAAGUACAAUCCGAAAUGUAUAAUUUUUCAGUCAUUUGCACAGUUAUGAUUAAAUUUGUGUUUUUGAACUGUACUUUUAGCUCUUACUGAAUGAAAUAAUAGACCAUAGGUAUCCGCCAGUUAAUGCAUUCUUCAAAAUUUUAUUCACC